UCUCGCGCAUCAGUCUCGUGAGAGACGGAAGGGAUAUAGGGAUGGCGCUAGCUGGUCUGGCUGCUCCCAGCCAGUGCCCCCGAUUAUGACAUCGUGGGCGUGUUUGGUGGCAAGCUACGGUCGGGAAUUCCGUCAUCUACUCCUGACUGAGCCGGACAACGAUGCUUUGGACGUAAUCCUCUCGCCCCCGUAUUUUCUCACCUGUCCGCCCUAUGGAAUCGGGAUCUCGUGUGCUGGCUACUUCAAACUAUCUACUCACUAGAGUUUCAGAAAAGGAUAGAUUUCUGCAAGCAGAAAACUCUGUGUCUUUUAUCACUUGGAGUUUUCAUUCAUGUCUCCAAAAGACAACAUCGACAGUCUACAAAACACAUGAUAAGAGCUAAAAGAGUCGGUGUUAACAAGGAAUUUUGACGUGGGUGGAGAGAGAGAGAGCGGGAGAGAGAUUGUUGAAUCAACUUAAAGAAGUCUUGUCGUAUUACAUCGCCCACUUUGAAGAUCACUCACAACUCAACGAGACAUCUUGGGGGGAAAUCUCGACGUUGUUGGAUUUAAGGUUGUGGAUGUUUGUUUCCUGGUGGAAUCGUUUCAUUUAUUUAUCUGCAACGGAAGUAUAAGUCUCGACUGCCCAGAGACAACACCCGCGAGAUUUGCCGUUUUUGUAAAAUUGUAUGUUGGUGUUGGAGUUGCCAUGGGAAUCAAAGUGGUGUAAAUUUGUAACGAUCUGUGAGCAAACUGGUGAAAACGUCGAGUAGUUAAGUUACCGGUUCUUCUUAGAACCACCAGACCCAUAAGAGCGUUGUUGUACACGGUAUCUUCGUAAAACUUACUUGAUUGUGUCUCCACCAUGCAAAGUUUCAAAUCCUACUCAUGCAAAUGGUGUAACUGUAAACCUUACUAGAUUGUAUCUCAACCAGGGAAAGUUUCAAAUCUUACGCAUUCACAUGGUGCCACUGCACCACGCAAAGUUUCAAAUCCUACUGAUGUAGGCCUACAUGGUAUCACAUCAAACCUUACUAGAUUGUAUAUCCACCAUACAAAGUUGAACAUGGUGUUACAUCAAAUCUAACUUGUAGAUUGGAUUCCCAUCAUGCCAAGUUUCAAAUCCUACUUGUAAUGAUCUAACAGGAAUCGAAAAACACUCCAUCGUGUACUCUUUGAGGCAAGUUUUGUAUUUAAAGCUGAGGAACAAAUCUACCGGACGAUCUUAGUGGCAUCCUCACCAAUGUGACGUAGACUUGGACUUCAGUCACAUCGGUCUCCCAGCCUGCUCCCGCUCAAGCACACACUGGAGUAAAGUCAACUAACCUCAAACAAUCGACAACCCGGCCUUUGGACACACAUGUUGGUGAGCCUGUCAUGCCAGACGAUUGGCCAAUGAGAGGCCGGCCUGUGCCGAGCCGUCGGUGUUGUGUACACUGUGCAUUGAUCUUCGACGUGUCAAUUGCACUGAUUUGGUCUUCUACUACACCAGGCCCGUUAAAGGUAACGCCUCAUAAUCUAACCUACCAUACCUGUUUGGAGUCCGACCUGAAUGCGAAUGUCUCGCCUCACCAUCUACCGAUCUCAUCUCUAACAGAACACAGUCCAUCUCGAGACUCUAACAACUGGAAAGUUUGAGAUACUUGUUUUUUCUUAAAGAAGAGUUAACUUUGGGUCUCUCUGACACAGUGGCUAAACUCAACGCUAAGGUAUCGCACCUACCAGCUGAUGUAACUAUAAUGACACUGUUAACCAUCAAGCAAAGAGAUAUGGCGCCACUCUACCAACAGUUACCGUAAAACAACUAGCAACAGAUUAUCCAGAGAGUGCGUUAUCCAAUGACACAUUACAGGAAUUGUGAAAAGCUGGCACAAUGAUACGUCACUCUCUGUUCCUACCAAUCCUCUUCUUCCUGCUUCCUUGCCUCCUGUUGAGGAGCACCCAGGCCUGUACAGGGAGAUCAAGUAAGCAGUCAAAAGGACCUCGCCAAUCAACCCCGCUGCAGUUUCGCCAACGGGUGCCCAACGUGUCAGAGAAUACCCUGGGGGCAAGCGGGCCUCCGGAGGGGAGAAUCAGAAGUGAUGACCCCAACUUUGAUGAACUUCUGCCCCAGAAUAACAAUGCUGAUAUACUGUACAAGGAUGAAGAAGGAACCGGGGCCGACAGGCGAAUGUCAAAGAGGUGCAAAGACAAGUUGAACUCUCUGGCCAUUUCGGUCAUGAACCAAUGGCCCGGUGUCCAGCUUCGUGUGACCGAGGCAUGGGACGAAGAUGGGCUUCACAUGGAAAACUCACUUCACUACGAGGGGCGGGCAGUAGACAUCACCACGAGUGAUAAAGACCGGUCCAAAUACGGCAUGCUGGCCCGUCUAGCCGUGGAGGCCGGCUUCGACUGGGUCCAUUUUGAAUCCAAGACCUGGAUCCACUGCUCUGUCAAGUCAGAUUCAUCUGAAGCUGCUAAAUCCGGUGGCUGUUUUCCGUCGGAUUCCCGAGUCGUUCUCCAAAACGGCAUGACAAGGACAAUGGCGGACCUUCAAGUUGGUGAAAAAGUCGCUGUGAUCGACAGAUUUAGCGGACAUAUCACGUUCAGUGACGUCAUCACAUUUUUAGACCGAAAACCAAGCAAAGAUACCUUGUAUUACGUCAUCCAGACGGAUCGAGCUGGCUACACGUUGACAUUGACCCCUCAGCACGUUGUCUUUGCUUCAGACACAAACUCAAGCUUCAGCAGUCACAGCAGGGCCAUGUUCGCCAGUGAUGUACAUACGGGCCAGUACCUUUACACCACAGUACAUGAUCAUGACAGAGAAGCAAAACUCCAGCCUGCUAGGGUGACUGGUGUCUCCAAAGUCACAAAAACUGGGGCAUAUGCCCCCCUCACGUACCACGGUACUCUGUUGGUGAAUGGCGUUGCAGCCUCCAACUACGCAGUCUUGGACGUUGAUUGGGUAUCGCAUGCUGUCUUUGCACCAGUCAGGUGGUGGCAUAGCAUCAAACAAUAUACCAUAGGACCAGUGGAAAAUGACCUGUCUACCAGUGGUCAAGUUCACUGGUAUCCUUCGUUUAUGUACAAAAUCACCAAACCAUUCGUUGGCAGAUGGUACCAUUCAGAUGUCAUCGAUGUAUAAAAUGUGACAACUUCGGUGACGCACAUCAAGUAGUCUGCAUUCCAGAGGUUAUCAUCAAACAAUAUCUCAUGGGACCAGUGGAGAAUGACUUGCCUACCAGUGGUCAAGUUCACUUGUAUCCUUCUUUUCUGUACAAAAUCACCAACCAUGUGUCGUCAGCAUUCAGCAUGUACAAUCGAUCAACAGAGUCUCUGCAGUAUGUUCAUCUAAAUGUACAUGUACUUUCAACUUUCAACUUUUAACUCCGUGACUUCGGCUGAAUUUAAACACUGUGGUUUGAAUUUUUUUUUUUUUUCCGCAGUGACGAGUGAAUGGUGUUGUCCAGUGUAAAGGUAUACCAAAAACUGACCGUUGGUUUCCGCGUGUCGGGUAACAGUCCGACCAUCCAAUAGUCGUGAAGAAAACGAAGAAGCAUCUGUGUUUAAAUAUACUUAAAAAACUACUGUCUUCACCAUCUUUACUAAGAUUCGUCUCUUCAAAUUUCAUAAAGUAAAUUGACAUCAGAAACAAAGUUUCCGAGCAGGGUCGCCAAGAAGCCGCCAAUGCAAGUCCUUUGUAAAACUUGAUAAUAAUGUUUUCUAUUUUCUAUAUAACUGUGCUUUACGAAGCUCGAUGUAGUAAUUUAAAUUGUGACUUUUUUUCCAAGAAAGGAUACAUUUAUAUAAUUCGUAAUACACUGUACUAUAAAUACUUCUCAAUCAUAUUGUCUUAUUUUGUUUAACAAUCCUAUGAAAUAGGUAAUUUUAUUAUGCUAAAAUUAGCCUAAACAUUAUUGGUAUCAAGCUAACGAAGUUAUACAUUAACCACUAGAGGGCGCACUUUACCAUGUGACCCGUGUUGACAAUGACGUACUCAACGCACACCUUUUAAAAAGAUGUCAACAACGAGGAUAAUCAGUAACAAUAGCUUUUACUACACUACUAGCAUUGGGCCAAAUUGUUCCUUACCGCCCAUUCCACAUUGGGAUAUCCAAUUAAGAACCCAUAUCUCCAAAUGAAGUGAGCCACAAUCGGGAAUAAAAUCGAACAUUGGCAUGACUUACCUACUUAAAAAAAAAAAAAUAAUAAUGCAGUUUUAAAAUGACAAAGGGGUCAUUCUACCUCAUCAGCAAUUCAAAGUUAAGACAUUCUGGAAGCUAAUAAACCACAAUAUUAUGUAUUAGAUAGUAAAGUUGGACCAAAGUAUUUAACUUCUGUGUAUAAAGUUCUGAAUUUUCUACCAAAAUUGAUCACAUUUUCGUGAGCAAUCAAUUAUUAAAACUCUUAAAGUUAAUGCGAUGAAAUAAUUGAAGAGGUGGUACAACAUGGUUGCAGCAGCGGCGUUUAAACUUAAUACAAACAAUUUAACCGCCCAAUUGAUAAUAGUUGUCCAAAUGAAGGAAAACAAGUGCUAAAGUUAACAGAAGAUUUUCUUGAAGUAGUCUCGUUUUAGAUGACAAAAUCAUGGAAAAUAAACUUAUUUCUGAGAGACAGCCUUAUAAGCUUAUUUAACCAAAAACUAAAAUAAAACAAAAAACAAGCAAGCAAACGCCCCAACAAACAAAUAAACGACAAGUCACCAAUAGAUGGAUUAUCGACCGCCAUUUUGAUGACAAACAAUGAAAAAGUGCACGCCCCAACACUCAGCCAAUGAUAGUCUUUCACGUGUGCACGUUUCAUCAAAGAUGGUGGUCAAUGACGUCACAAAUGCAACUCAUCUAUACCAUAGAGUUAUAUAAGAACUAUACACACCGUUUGACAAAAUUGGCAGACAGUUUUAACAAUUUUGUCACAUUAGGUAGUUUGAGGAAUUUAAAAAACUUUUUGUUUUCUCUCCUGCAAACUCAACGCAGCAAACAAGUGUCGAGACUUCCUCUGCCCUGAAGCAUGGAUAAAUAAUAAUAAAUUAUCAAGAAUCAAUAUCUGUCAGUUUUGUGAAAGUUGUUCCCUACUACUAUACAGUACACUGCACUGUCAGUAUCAUUACAGCUUGAUUUAUUUUCAUGCAUUAUUGGAGCUCGUGUAUUUGUUUUUGUUUUGACUUUUUGUCGGGAG